AUGGAGCUGCAGGGCAUCCACAGCGUCAGGUGGCUUUCACGUGGUCUGGCGGUUCAGCGUCUGGCGGACAACCUUCCAGCAUCUGUCAUUCUACUGUACGAGAACGACCCGAAGGCCUACCUCCUUGUAACCAGCUUGAAAUUCCACUUCCUGCUGUUUUUCUUGGCUGAUGUCGACGUGACACACGUGCUGCAGAUGGUGGACAACACCAGGCUCACCCUCCGCAACCGUUACCUGAGUGACGCGGACGAUUUCGGAGAGGGGAGCAACGAGCUGAGCGCCUUUUUGGCGAAGCAUGCGUCGUCGGAGAAGAGGGUGGUGAAGGUGACGGGCACCGACUCGACUGGGGCGCCAACCACUCAUGAGUACACCCUCCAUGAGCAGAAGAUUAAAGGUCAGAAAUCUGGCGGGGGCUUGGACGACUGCAUCACACUGGCGAAGGGGUACGUGAAGGAGCUGCUGAAGCGUUUGGAGAGCCGGAUGAAGGAUUUGGGCUCUCUCGAGGGCGCCAAGCUGUUCACGCAGGGGGCGUACCCGAAAUCUCACUCGAAGCGGCAGCGGCGGUUCUUGCAGUGGCUGGAGGCUCUCCGCAAUCUGUUUAAGCGAAAACCGACCGACCCUGACACCCUGCCAGGCGCGGAGAGGAGGCGUCCAGCCAAGGAUGUGGUGAUGGUGCAUGCGCAGAGGCCCGUGAAGCGCACGAAGAAGACCCUUGCGAUGCUGGCCGCGAAGCAGGCGGCAGCAACAGCAGCAGCAGAUGCUGUUGCUCGUGAAGCAGCAGCUGCAGAAGAAGCAGCCAGGCUAGAGGAGGAGUUGGGCCCCUGGCAGAGACGGGCAGGCCACGGCAAAGUGCACAUGGCUUCAGAUUCAGAGCUAGACGGGGACGAUGAGGAAGAUUAUUCUCAUGAUAGCGAUAGUGAAUCCUAG